AUUUUACCUUUGAUUCGUUUUAUGUUUUGAUUAAAUAUUGGUGGUUGAUUGAUCGCAUCUUUAUUUAUUGUGUAAUUAAAAUCAUACUGAAUCCUUUUUCAAAAUUUAAUUAAUUUAUUGUUAUUAAGUAACGAUUAUGAUGAUCAUCUUGAUAUGUGACUUUAACAGAUUUUUUUCCUGUUCUGUGAAUCUCUUGUGAAUGAUUUGUCUUCAUUGAGUGAAAUCGAUUGACAAUGGAAGGAUCAAAUCCAUUAUUACCACCUCAAUCAUCAACAACAUCAGCAUUUGGUAUUGGUGGUGGUGGUAGUAAUAAUUCUACGUCUUCAAAUGGUACAUUAGCACGGUUAGGUGGUCGACCAAUACCUGGACCAUUUGCACAUUUUGGAUCACCAAUAGCGCCAUAUACAAUGCCAAGUUUUAUGGCUACAGGUCUAGGUGCUCAACAACAGCAACAAUCUGCUACAGCUGUAGCGGCAGCAGCCGCAGCAAUGGCUGCUAAUCAUCCAGCUCAUCAGGCAAUGUUUCCCAAUGAUCAUUCAUUUCAAUCAACAUUAGCAUCAAUGGCUGCUUAUUCAUUUGAUUCAUUAUUAAGUGCUAAUUUCAAUCAAUUCGCUAAUCUUCUAAUGAUGAAUCCAUCAAUGGCUACACAUCAUCAUCAAAAUGCAGCGGCUGCUGCCGCAGCCGCCGCUGCACUAGGUUUACAACCACCAUCCGCAUUGAUUGGUGCAGCAUUUGCAGCUGCCGCAUCAAAUUCAUCGACAUCAACAACUGCAACAACUACAUCAUCACCGGUAUCAACAUCGACGACAACUAUAAAUCAUCAUUCACCACCAGUGUUGACGAAUAAUAAUAAUCAUCUCAAUAAUAAUCAUCAUCAUCAUAAUCAUAAUUCAUCAUCACCACAUUCAACAUCAUCAUCAUCACCCGGAAGUUAUGCUCGACAUCGUGAUCUAUUGAUUGGUGGUAAUGUGAAAGAUAAUAUGAUGAUAGCCACUGUGAUGAACAAUACAAAUACGGCGGCAACUUCAAUUUCAACAAAUCCUACGACAACGACAACACUAUCAAUGCAAACAAAUAGUAAUAGUAAUAAUAAUAAUAAAAAUAUUCACACCCAUAAUGCAACGCCUAAUAAAGGAACCAAUCGUAAAGGUAGCAAUAAUAAUAAAGAGAAUACAACAAAAAAUGGUCGAAAUUCUGGUCAAAAUAAUCAUGAUACAACAACGAUGAAUAAUAGCCGCCGUAAUAGUCAACAACAAAAACAACAGCAAAAAUCAUUACCAAAAUUGAUUCCAUUAUCCGAAAUGUCCAUACGAACAACUAGUCCAACAUUGUCCGAUACAUCAAUCGAUACAUCAUCAUUAUGUAAUAAUCGUCAUAAUACAUUUAAUAGUAUAAUGGAUAAAUAUCAUAAUAAUAAUAAUAAUAAUGAUUCAGCAUCAUCGACAGCAAAUGAUCUUGAUAUUUGUAUGUCACCAGAUAUACUUUCAUCUGAUGAUCAUGAUCAUGAUAUAAACAUGUCUAAUAAUAAUGAUGAUAAUCUAAUCGGCAAUAAUCAUAAUCAUUCGAUUAAUAAUAAUAAUCAUCAUCAUCGUAAUGGUGGUACAUCAAGUUCAUUAUCACGUCGUAGUUCUUCACCAAGUAUGGCCAGUGAUUGCGGUAGUGAUGAUGAAGAAAAUUCACGAGAUAGUAAACGUCGUCGUACACGUACGAAUUUUAAUGGCUGGCAAUUGGAAGAAUUGGAAAAAGCAUUUGAAGCAAGUCAUUAUCCGGAUGUGUUUAUGCGUGAAGCAUUGGCAAUGCGUUUAGAUUUGGUCGAAUCACGAGUACAGGUGUGGUUUCAAAAUCGACGUGCAAAAUGGCGUAAACGUGAAAACACGAAAAAAGGACCAGGAAGGCCAGCGCAUAAUGCACAUCCGCAAUCAUGUAGUGGUGAACCAAUACCGCCAGAUGAGGUUGUAAAACGUGAUCGAGAUAAAAAGGAAAAAAAAUUGAAAAAACAAUUGGAACGACAGGCCAAACGUUUAUUGCAAUCGAAAAAUAAACCCGGUGUUAACACUGCCACAUUAGCUGAGGCAAUACAACAAACAUUGUGCGAGAUGCGUUGUCUAAAUAUUUAUGCAAAAGAGCCGGAAACUUUGAUUGGCGGUGAAUUGUUCGCCCUGUUAGUUGAUGCAUUGACCACCGACGGGUGUAAUGAGAUUCUAAAAAAUGUAUUCGAAAAUCGUAUGAAUAUUCAAUCGAAAAAAUCAACAUCAUCAUCAUCAUCAUCGCCGUCAUCUUCUAUCAACUUUAGUAAUUUCAAUGCCGCAGCAGCAGCGGCAGCCGCUGCUGCUGCUGUAGCUGCUGCGGCCAAUAUGAAUGGAUCGAAAGCUGGUCUGACCGCUAAUGGUAAUUCACCGAAUAGCUAUUCUGCUUCAUCUAAUGUUCAUCAUCAUACAAAUCGUCAUUAUCAUCUUCAGCAACAACAACAAGAAACAACCAAAACGAAUCCGUUUUCGAUUGAUAAUCUUCUAUCAUCGCGUCAUGUAUCCGGUUCAUUAUUUUCGGCAGCAGCAGCGGCAGCAGCUGCAGCUGCUGCCGCAUCGAUUACACAACCUGCCGGGUUUUUAGUCAAAUCAAAUAAUCAUAAUGGAAUCAUGUCUAUUGAUAUCGAAAAUAAUAUGAACAAAAAGGAUUAUGAGGAAUUUGAUGAUGAGAUUAUCGACGACGAUGAUGUCGAUGAUGACCGUAUUGUAAGUGAUGAUGAUGAUAAUCUAGGUGGCAAUGAUGUAGUCGAUGAUGAUGAUGAUGAUGAUGAAAAUGAUGCCAUCUCAAAUUGUUCAUAUCGAUCCAAUAAUUCCGAUGGAACGGCUUUAUUAUCACCGAAAAAAAACAACAUUAAUGAUAGCCAUAAUCAUUCUCAUCUUGAUAAUAAUGAAAAUGAUGAACAAAUGGAGCAUAAAAAUCAAAGACGAUCACAACGAAUGAGCAAUGAAUCUUCAUCACCAUUGGCAUUAGCAUCAAGUGAUGAUGAUAAUAAUAAAAAAGAACAGUGCAAUCCAACUGAUCUCAGCAUUAUAAAAAAUGGACAACAUUCACCAUCAAAAUCACCGGUGCUUGAAUUAUUGGAUGAUGAUAAAAAAUAUGAAAAAAAUAAUUCAACGAUGACCAACGUAUUCAUCAACGAUUAAUCCAAUUUAAUUCUAUCAUAUCGUCAUCAGAAAUCUAUCAACAUUUACAAUUAUCUUGGAUAACGAAUAUCGA